AUCCAAAAUUUCCUUAGCAGAUGGGGGAUCAGAUCAGCCCACACUCACAGGCCCAAUUAAACCGGAAAUACUAGAGCAAAUUUGCAACUGCUCUGCCCCUGGAAAAACUCUAGUCCCUGUCGCCGUUGUUUGAAUUACAAGUACCUUUGGAAUAUUGAGCGUACAUAUACCACUGAAAUUAUGGGUUCAGAGAUGGAAAUAGUUGAGCAGAGGCUAAACACUUUUGUUGCUCAGCUCCAAACAGAGUUUGCCAUUCUUGAUCGCCUCGUUUACAAAAACAAGAAUCAGCAUAGAAGAUGCUCAUAUUUUCAGUACCUCUUAAAGGUGAAAAGAGAUCUAAGGCUCCUCCAAGCAGCUAACUUGGAGGAGGUUUUGAGUUCCUCCUUUCAAGUUCUUUUUGGGAAAAGACCCAAGCAAAAAGUGCAGCUCCUGGAAAGCCUGAAGAGGAGAAGAUCUAAUGGUGGCAAAUAUAACUUUCUGGAGCGACUUUUAGGGGUUGCACACCUGUUGUCUCAGAUGGUUGAGCCAAUGUUAAGGGCCGCUGCGGAGAUAUCCACACUUAUUGCACGAUCAUUUUUUAUGGGAUUUUCGCUGACAGUAUUGGCAUUGCUUGCCCGAAUAAGAGUUCUAGUUCAGCAAAUGCUUCUUGAUGUUGUUUGUGUAUUCAACAGUGUCUCCUCUUUAUCUCGGAGGGAACAAGCCAUAAAAUUGACUCAAGAUGGAUUUGAGGUUUUCAGAGAAUACUUUCCACCAAAGAAGCAGCAGCAGGUGGUCUUCCUCGAAUGUAUUUGGGAAUCUGAUAAGUAUGUGUUAGUUGAGAGACUAAAUGAGAAAGAUGUCGGCAGCCAGGAAAAGGAGACUGGUGAAGAUGUUUCUGUAGAAGCAUCUAAGAUUCAGUAUGAAAGCAUUGAGAUUUUCCUAGGAGAUGAGGAACCUGGAGAGACAACCUCUAAAGAUUUGGCUAAGGAUGGUCAAGCUGUAAUGGACAAAGAUAAAGCAAAUUCCUUGGAGGAUCCUAUCCAAGAAGAGAGUAAUGAUGAAUUUCGAGCUCAAGUUGAUUCAGCUAUUGCAGGACCUUUUGGCAAUAAUUGUGAUGCUCCUGAAGCUGGAGCACUUCCAAGUUCAUCACCCGACAAGAAUCCUGCAAAAGCCAAACAUGAAUCAAGGAAUAAUGUUGCAUUUGUUUCAGUGAAAAGACCCAAAGUAUCAACAAACAAUGAUUUGGGGUUUGGCAUUCAUGGAACAGAAAAGGGUGAUAAUCCUGGUGUAGAUAAAGAAGAUCCAUUUUUCAGUUUACUUAUUACUGGAAAUAUGAAGAGCAGUCUAUUCUGAACUUCACCUUAGUAGUUUCUUCUCUCUCUUAACUAGGUCACGGGGUAUCUUUGCGUGCAUAUUUUUGAUAAAGAUUUCCUUACAUUACAAGUCAUCCAAAUCGGUUUUUAAUUCUAGUAGUUGGUGUUCAA